CCACACACCCAUCACCACUUUUCAACUUCUCCCUCUAUCUCUCACUCUCAAAACAAUGCCUUCUUCACUUCUCAUAGUUCUUCUAUUUCUCCUCUCGAUCCCAUCGUCCUCAGCUCAAACCUACAAUAUCCUCUCUUACGGAGCCAAACCCGACGGUAAAACCGACUCCACCAAGGCCUUAACCGCCUUGUGGGCCAAAGCCUGCGCCUCGGUCAAACCGGUAACCAUUUUGGUACCUAAGGGACGAUUUUUCUUAAGAAGCAUUGUUUUUGACGGUGCCAAAUGUAAACGCAAGUCCGUCACGUUCCGUAUCCAAGGUACACUUGUGGCUCCAUCGGAUUAUCGAGUCAUCGGUAAGGAAAAUUAUUGGAUUUUAUUCCAGCAUCUCGACGGCUUCUCUAUCUACGGCGGAGUUCUUGACGCUCAGGGAACUUCUCUUUGGUCUUGCAAAAAGUCCGGCAAGAAUUGCCCGAGUGGCGCCACGAGCAUAGGGUUUCAGAGCUCAAGCAACGUGGUGAUCUCCGGGCUGACGUCACUUAACAGUCAGAUGUUUCACGUCGCGAUUAACGGCUGCCGUAACGUAAAGCUCGAAGGAGUCAAAGUUUCGGCUGACGGAAACAGUCCAAACACUGACGGAAUCCACGUGCAGUCAUCAUCCACCGUGUCCAUCCUCAACUCCAAAAUCUCCACCGGCGAUGAUUGUGUCUCCAUCGGUCCCGGCACUAACGGCCUCUGGAUCGAGAACGUCGCUUGUGGUCCUGGUCAUGGUAUCAGCAUUGGGAGCUUGGGAAAAGAAAGUGUGGAGGCAGGUGUACAAAACAUAACAGUAAAAACGGCGACGUUUACAGGAACAGAGAAUGGGGUGAGAAUAAAGUCAUGGGCCAGGCCCAGUAAUGGAUUUGCAAGGAAUAUCCGUUUCCAACACUGUGUUAUGAACAACGUACAAAACCCAAUCGUUAUUGACCAAAACUACUGUCCUGGCAACGAAAAUUGCCCUAAUCAGGUUUCUGGGAUAAAAAUCAGCGAUGUAAUGUUCUUCGAUAUACACGGGACAUCGGCGACGGAAGUUGGAGUGAAAUUAGACUGUAGCUCUAAGAAGCCGUGCACCGGAAUUCGAAUUCAAGAUGUGAAGUUGACGUACCGGAAUAAACCAGCAACAACAGAUUGUAGUCAUGCCGGAGGAAGUGAGGCAGGAUUUCAACGGCCCAACAGUUGUCUAUGACCAAAAGAAAAAUAUUUGUCUUCAUUUCGUUAGUUGUGGAAUUGUAAGUAACGUCGUAUUUUCCAUAUGUAUUAUACGGCUUUAUUCCUGGAGGGUUGGAAUACGUGAAAAUAUGGUCUAUUAGUAGUAUUUUUCACAAAAUCAUUUUCUGAUAAUGCUAUUUGUUAUGCAUUAGUCAAUGCGGACUGGACUUAUAACCAAAUGAUUAUGAAUGGGUAUUCAAAAUGAAUAGACAUUUGUUUU